GGGUUCUGCUGUGGCUGUUCUUCUUGGACCCUGUUUCCCUGCUGCCGGCGCCGUUGCUUGGCUCGAGCUUCACUCUCCAAUCACAUUUCUCUGUGAGCUCUUGACUUCAUUCUCGUUGAGAAUCUGUGGCACUCGGUACCUGAAUGUUCACCAAGAUGGUGGGCGCAUGGUCGGUGGCGGUAAUGGGUAACUCUAUGUUGCGACCUCAGCCACACCGUCUCACGGGAUGAUUGUCUUCCUUAACAUAGGUAUACGUGCGACUUUGGAACUCCCCAGUCGAACAGGGGACGCUGCCAAUCUGUUCCAAGAUUGAACUGUAAAUGAUCUAUACCUGUGCCAUUGCCAACAUCGGCCUCGCUUGAGUUCAAGUAUCACCGAUGGAUUGCGGGCUUCGUUACUUGAGCAUCGUGUGGCUUGACGGCUUGUUGUUGCCGUUGAACUAUCGCUCUCUUUUACCUCUUCUUGUCCAAGCUCCCUCCUCUCCACCACUUCCCUCCACUCACUCCUCCACCUAUACGGCCCUAACAAAAUCCCAUCUAAGAGCUCGACCAACUUGGGAUCGCCCAUCGUAUUUCCCAUCCAACAUACGCAUCUGUAGCUCACACCCCCCAUGAAUCUAUCACACUAGCAUCCCUUCAACUGAUCUCUUUUUGGCCGUCUAUCCCUCUUAACCCUGCAUUUCCUUACACUUCCUUACCUUCCAAGCCUUCCUUGAGCCCUAGCUUCGGAAGCUUGGACUAUUAGCCACUCGCUAUCUCCGUUGUUAAAGCCUCUUCUGUUUAAUCGUUGGCUUAGGUUUCGCCCCUUGCCCCCCAAAAGCUUCUCAAGCCUCGAAGGUCUUUAGAGAUCGUUUCUCUUUUGAAAGCUCACAGGUUCAGGGGAGCUUACUUUGCCAGCUUGCAUUUCUGGUAACCUUCAUUUGUUGCUGAAGCUGGCAUUGCUUGUUGCCAGCUCGCAAAUGACGACUUAGGGCUCCUUCAACGUAUGAACAAAUGCUUUCUCGACCCAUCUUGAGCCCCAAUAUCUCCUUUACCGCUAUAUUUAUUCAUCACAACUGAUUGUUAGUUUCGCGGGUUAAGUCCAACUCUGUGGCUGAUCGCCGACUUCGAAUAGUUGUCACUGCACCUCAACACUACAACACUCUCCCAGUGGUUCCUGGGCUAAGCUCAUAUCCCUGUUACGCCAUAAGGAAACACAACCGAGCCCCAUUUUCGAUCUCGUUUUAUCAUUCAGCUCCUUUCCCUUCCGAACUUGGCAUUGGGUUAACAGGUGUUCAACGACUUCGCUAGUUUCCCCGUGGGGGCAAUAAUACACGCCUUUCUUCGAACAACUUCUUAUAGGAACCGUAUUUACUUCCGCCGCCACCUUGUCUCUUGAUCUACAAGCAGAUUCAUUAUAUACAAAACGACAAAUUUGUGUCUCCUUUUAGUCUUUUGUUGGUAAGAGCUGGGGUCUUCAUAUAUUUCCCCCGCCCAUUGAGCGCUAUCGUCGGCUCUGACACACAAUCGGCCACAAAAUUGCUCGAUAAUUUCCCCUCUCUACCCUUUCUUUAAUAGCAGCCAGUCAAAUCCACCCGAGAAGCUCUAGGCGGCUGCUCUGCUGCAGGAAAAAGCCCUGUUGGCUUGUGACUUCGGCACGAUUAGCAGGUCUCCUGGUGUUCACCUGAACAACCACAGCUUUCAGGCAUCAGAUUGUUGCUGUCUUAUCCUCUCUCCAAUAGAGAACAUCAAGCACCAGGUUAUCUCUCAACUUUUAUCAGAGUACCACCAACAGAUGCAUCAAAUGGGAGAUAUAGCUAGCGCCCAAGUCCCGGAUGUGGGAGCACUCGACCAGGAUACUGCAAAGACUGUCAGCACAACGACAUCUGACGAUCCUAUGGCACUUCAAGACGAGCCUCGGACUGUUCAGGGGCAUGAGUUCCCUUCUCACACUCAAGAGCAUCCCACCGUUUCUCAGCACGCGUUCUCAACACAGUUCGAUAUGUCUCAACCCUCUUCCGGUCCUCGCCCUGGGCCAUAUAACAUGGCCCCUAUGGCCAACGCCCUCCCUACGAUGGGUUUUCGCCCUGGACAGUAUCCCCAAAACACUCACCAACGCAUGAAUCCCGCGGGGUCACCACCUAUGAUGCAGCACAUGUCCCAGUUUCCUGGUCAUCCGCCACUUCCAGUCCCCGGCCAAGGUUACUACUUACAGCCACAGGUCGCACCAUACUACGAAAAUCAGAUGCACCAGGCUCAGGCAGCAAACAUGAUGUCUCAGAGGCACAGCAUGGCAUACUAUCCCAACCAGAUGAUGAUGGGCUCUCAGCAAUCUCCCUAUUACUACCCCCCUGGUCCCCAGUAUCAACCUGCCGCGCAUCCAGUUCCGAACGGAGUGGUGUCUGGCCACCAUGCCGCUGGUGGUCCAACAACCAGCGACCCAAGGGCGAUGGCACAGACUGCAGACUUUGGUGGAAUACAUCCACAGGGGCUCAAGCAGGGGCAAGGUAGGACUGGGAAGCAAUCUCCCAACAAAACUGAGCUAAAGCAAACCUCAGAUGGGACAGAGAGGCGAAAAAGUGCUGUUCGGGGCCCUCCCAGAAAGCCGCGGCAGAGUGGACACGCAAUCUGGAUCGGCAACCUUCCUCCGCAAACCGACCUCAUGAGCCUCGUUCAUCAUGUAUGCAAAGAGGCUAUAGGAUUGGAAUCACUGUUUCUCAUCUCCAAGAGCAACUGUGCAUUUGCCAAUUUUAAGGAUGAGGAAACUUGUAGUGCAGCACAACAGAAGCUACACGAUUCGAAAUUUCAGUCAGUUCGCCUCGUCAGCCGGCUACGCAAGAGCACAGUGGAGGGUGCAGCCGGUGUAACAGCUCCAACUGGUCCUUCGGUGGCUACAACAGUAGUUAAGACGGACCAAGUUGCAGACAAGUCACCAUCUCAGAUCGUGAUUCCAGGCCCGGCGUCCGAACCUUCAGGGACCAUCAAGCUUGGAGUUGCUGGCGAGAAGAUACCGCAGAAGGACAAGUUCUUCAUUCUCAAGAGCCUGACAGUGGAAGAUCUUGAAUUGAGUGUUAGCACUGGUAUCUGGGCUACCCAAUCUCACAAUGAAGAAGCAUUGAACAGUGCCUUCAAGGACGCUGACAAUGUAUACUUGGUCUUCUCGGCCAAUAAAUCAGGAGAAUAUUAUGGGUAUGCUAGGAUGAUAUCGCAGAUCAACGAAGACCCUGCGGCAGCCAUCGAAUUUGCACCCACGGCUCAGGCAACGAGCGACCUUGACCUCCCGAAAGCCAUACCGACCGAAGCGAACGAACAAGCCCCCAAGGGGCGUAUCAUUGACGACUCGGCCAGAGGCACUAUCUUCUGGGAAGCGGAUCGUGAUGAUGCGGAUGACUUGUCUGAUGCGGAAAGCGAAGCAUCAAGCACCAAGAGCAAUGCAGGGGAUGAGGGUGCUGCUAAGACAUGGGGAAAGCCUUUCAAAUUGGAGUGGCUAUCCACAAGUCGACUACCAUUUUACCGCACGAGAGGAUUGCGCAAUCCUUGGAACUCAAACCGUGAAGUAAAAAUUGCUCGAGAUGGUACUGAAAUAGAGCCUUCAGUUGGACGAAGACUUAUUGGGCUCUUCAACCGCGCGCAGAACCCAGAGGCAGUCGACGCCGGCGUGCGGGCUUCCAUGGUCAUGAUGCAAGGCUUCGGGUCAAUGCGGCCAUAUGGACAAUGAGAGGCGGAGAGAAUUUGAGACGGGUUCUCGAAGCGAUACUCCUGCUGCUCAGGUGCUUUAAUGCUCUUGGAAGCACACUUGCCGAGAAGAUAAUUCAAAGAUACUGGAAUACGGUUUGGGAUCUAUGCUGGACAUAGUUGGCAAUUCACGACGAGCAAGGGUCAUCAAUGACGGUUGUAAAUGUAACUACACGACAGUUUUACGUCUCAUGAUUAUAUCUAUUCGAGUUUUCGACGUAUUUUUGGCUUUGGUGGUGAUAUGGUCCUGAAUUGAAGGAUUUUGAGUAGUAUUUAAGAGGUUGCUGCAGAGCUGGCAAGCUAGCUGCAAAUCAUAUCAUGGAUCUACCUUACUACUUGCGUCAAACGUGAUCAACCUGCCAGACCGUCUCGGAAGAGCAGGGUUCAAGUGGCAACAAAAAACACGGAUAUACAAGAUUCCGUCAACGCCCGUCAGCGGGUCGCAACUAAAUGAAAAGCCCGAAUUCCAUCGGGCAUCAUUACAGUACGGUUUCAGUGAUUGAUGAGACAAAUAAUGAUGAGCUGGGUCAAGCAAAAAAUGUGGCAAGGCUGUGGCUGAAGUUGUGGACGGGGGGGGUGAUUAGAAUGGAAAUCUGGUAAAACUGAGCGUCUAGUACAUGGUACCUCAAAUGUAGCGCUAACGCACGCGCAAGGAACUGACAAGUUGACUUUCAGCCACUGGAGAUUUGGUCUUUUCUUACCUAAAGCAGCUGAGGUUUCUGGGGUACCUUAGCUGCACAUGGAUGAGGUCCAGAACGUCAUGGACUACGUCAUGGUGCUAGAUGGUCUAGACCCCUUCCAAGUGGGUAGCAAAAAGAGUAAGGAUUCAUUACACACCAAGAGAGUUAUGUGACACAAAUACUUGAUCACUUUGCCAGGUACUCAUUCCCCCCAUUUGUCUGACUAUUUCUAACUAUCUUUUGUCCCGUUUUUCUUCUUCUCCAAUACCGGACCCCACAUUGAUAUUAGAUCCCUGGAGUUUUGGAGAUAGAAGUGGUGAUGGUCAUGAUGUGCAUUGAAUCCCAAUCGCACCUUGGCUAUGUACUACUGUAAGUCAUGGUCGCAAUUCAACAGAACAAAUCAAGUAAGGCCAAGCCACAAUGAAUCAUUACUAGAACAAUCGAUCAAUCGAUCCCGUUUGCCCCCUGUUCACUUUGUCGCUAAUUACGUCAUUUGUCAUAUCAUCAGAGCUUUGGAUAUGGAACCUGGAUUCGCCUAGGAUAUCCAAGAAGCAUGGCAUUUUCUCUGUCGGUUGCCCUUCUUGACAAAUUCGAGGUCAAUGGGAAGAUGACUUGAAAUAUAACUCUUAUUUUACAGUUAACUUGGUCAUGUUGUAAGUCUAUACAUCUGAGUACGUCUGAGUGUAUCUCUCUACCCAUUCUUUCCUUAUCACUACGGCAUUCUACUUAUAUUGCCGUAUAAGGCCUCCAGCUCAUAAACCGUUUGCUCACCUAUGACAACAGCAUUUCAACUACGGCUGAACUUCACGAACCUCCAAGCCUUUAAUGCACCGAUCUGCCACCGAACGUUAGCCUUCCCUCGCCGAGCGGUACACCGUUCGAUGCAAUGCACCUACGAUAUCCAGGCCUCCCUCUCCUGGUCUACAAAAUCAUGUCUAUACCCAUUAGCCACGGUGCACAUGUAGAGUACAAUAGAUACGGGAUAUUGUCACCGUAUUGAGGAUGAUGUCUUCUGGCUCCUGGUGACCAAUGUCGAUGCCACUUGGUUGAAUCUCGAUGGUUGUACUCCCAGCACAUGUUUCUUUAUCUGAUUAUAUGCUCAGUUCAACUUCUUCUGACAGUUUCCAGCACAGAAACACUAAUUGAUUUAAAGCAUAUCAUAUUCAAUUAGGCAUUGUGUGGUUGGAUCCUCAAUCACUGAUUAGUGCUCAUCAUCGACACAUUACAGCUCACAGACUUGUGCCUCAUGAGCUUGGACACUCAUCCUAGGUCCAGUCCCUUGAGAGGACAUGAUUUUUUAUUAUCAUACAUCUCCGAAUCUUCCCGUGAAGGCAUGAUCAUAGGGCGGGAGUAUCCUUCUUUACUUCUUCAACAACACCUCUUGGCUUCUGCCGUCUUUGUUGUAUAAGGUAUCAGGUGAUAAGAAUAUUUAAUUGAUUCCCAAGGUAGUUAGUAGUAGUCGGCCUAAUGCAGGGUAUCUCUCAUAGAUGAAUACUUUGUCCUCUGCCUAUCGUUUUUGGUUCGAUUCAGGGUAGUUUCAGUGUCAAUAUUCGCCCAUUAUCAAACCCAAUGGAUGCAGAAUUCUCAGACCUCCUUAUGCAUCACAGGUUCACUACUUCGGUAAUUAUAUCAGCAUAUUCUGCAAUUGCUAUAUGGUACUCGCUGCAGGGGAUUGUUCAGCUCGAGUUUGAGGUCACAUACUGUUUUGAAAUAAGCUGUCCUUUCAGAGGAAAUAUAACAUAACGCAGGUACAUCGUGGUAGCUCUUGAGUAAUACGAUCAAAAUCAGAUAAAUCAAGUAAAAACUCCAUUUUUUUAUCACAUUUGGG